AUGAUCCCGCCACGUUCGCCAAAGGAGGCCCAACGGCGGCACAAGGGGCAGCUUGUACACUGGGAUGCAUCUGAGAAGAUUGGGUUCGUCCAGUUGCAGAAGCCUGUGAUCAACAUCGACGUGGCCGAGUUGACCACCCAUGACAUGCGAAAGCCCGCAGUGCUGGCAGAGGGGCAAUGGCUGAACUUUUUGAUCGGCAUCGAACCACAGGCUCACGAAGGCCCAGCGCUUCGCUGUGCAGAUGCGGUGAAGAGCCGCAGCCGAAGCCCACAUCGCGAGUUCCCAAAGUUGCACAAACAGGGAACCUAA